UACACCUGACUGUUUCAAAGAAAGACGCGGAGCUUAACUCAGCCUGCUGCACACAAGCCUCGCACACAUGAGCUCGUGGCCCUGUGGCGAGGCCGAUAUGAUCAGCGUACAUGAACUCGAUCAUUAAACAGCUUUACAAACGUUGAGCCGAAUUCUUGCUGGGAAGUGGGAAGAGCCAGCGGAGCAAGGUUCUAGGGCUAAGGGUUGCUGGUAAGCGCAUUCGCAGAGGCGCGCUGCAUCAUUCUGCUCUCUGUUUAUGCAUUCUCGUUCCCUUCGGAAAGGAGUCCACCAGAAAGACCCCGCACGUGCCGCCUGUGGCAAACGGUUUGGGCUCUAGAAGCUAAUUAACGUCGUUUGCUCAACAUCAGCAGGUGCAAAGGCCUCCAUAUAUCGAACUUGGAGCCGGCCACCUGUUGACAGCGUGCGCAGGGAGGCGUGGCUUGCGCUUCAGCUCCGCGCCCUUCAGUGUUACUGCUUGUGGCUAGUUCUGAAAAGAGGAGAGGCCUGCGCGACUUCUAGGAUACGGUGCAACUGGGGUCUCCGACGGUGCAGCAGAUUCUACAGACCACCGCCGCGGCCGCCAUGGGGUGCAACCCCCUGCAGCUAGCGCAGGUCACAGCCCUUCUGGGCGGCGACACAGCCACCGCCGCCACCAUCUGUGCGGGGACCGAUGUGGCGCAGCUGGGGCCCAAUGGCGCCGUCACCAAGUGGACGGUGGCGGAGCUGCGGGGGGCGCAGAAUGCGCUGGACCAGGUCGAGUAUGGACUGAACGUGAGCUUCGUGUUGGCGUCAGCAUACCAGGUGUUCGUCAUGCAGCUCGGGUUUGCGCUGUUCGCCGCCGGGGUGGUGCGCCCCAAGAACACCGUGUCCAUCUUCAUAAAGAACUUUUUCGACACCUGUAUCGCCGGCAUCGCAUUCUACCUGGUGGGCUACGCCUUCGCAUUCGGCGCUAAGGACGGCUACACCAACGGUUUCAUCGGCAACUGGGACUUUGCGCUAUCGCAGACGGAUGGCAGCCCCGGCUCUGAGCCGCCCAACCCCUGGCACCUGUUCAUCUGGAACUGGUCCUUCUGCUCCGCCUCCACCACCAUCCUGUCGGGCUCCAUUGCGGAGCGAGCCACCUUCGCGUCCUACACCAUCUACGCGGCCUUUAUGCCUGCCUGGGUGUACCCGGUGGUGGCCCACUGGCUGUGGGCGCCUGAUGGCUGGCUGUCGGCUCGCAACGCGAACGACCGCAUCCUGGGCAUUGGAGCAAUCGACUACGCCGGCUCAGGUGUGGUGCACCUAGUGGGCGGCAUGGCUGCACUCAUCGGCUCCAUCGCGGUGGGGCCGCGUGUGGGCCGCUUCGACGCCCCCGGCUCCACCGGGGAGGUGUCGGCGCAGCUGUACCGCGCCACCGCCGCGCCGCAGCUGUACCUCAUGGGCACACUGCUGCUGUGGUUUGGCUGGUACGGCUUCAACCCCGGCUCCAAGCUGGCAAUUUCCGACUACCUGCAGGCCACCAUCGUGUCCCGCACCGCCGUCACCACCACACUGGCCGCCUGCUCGGGCGCGCUGUCCAACCUGCUCCUCAACUACGGCCGCCACCGCGUGUGGGACCUGCUGUCCACUUGCAUCGGGGCGCUGGCGGGCCUGGUGGCGGUGACGUCGGGCUGCUCCGUCAUUGAGCCCUGGGCCGCCAUCAUCUGCGGCGCCAUCUCGGCGUUGUUCUACGAGGCCGGCGAGCAACUGCUGGAGAAACUCAAGGUCGACGACCCCGUGAGCGCCUUCCCGCUUCACGCCAUGUGCGGCGUGUGGGGGCUGCUGUUCACAGGCCUGCUGGCCAAUGAGGGCUACAUCACACAGGUUUACAACGUGCCGCCAGGCGGGCACCGCAUGGGCCUCUUUUACGGCGGCCAUGCCCAGUUGCUGCUGUGCCAGGUGAUCGCAAUCGCCGUCAUAGCGGGCUGGUCGGCCUUCAACAUGUGCAUACUGUUCUUCGGCAUGAAGGCCGCGGGGCUUCUGCGCGUGGGCGCGGACAAGGAGGCAACCGGCAUGGACAUGGCCGCGUGCGGGCAGUACAAUGCCGCGGGCGCCGUCAACGUACACAGCUCCAAGGUCCCCACCAAGUCGGAUGCGGUGCUGGCGGCCAUGUCUCUGAACAUGGAGCGGCGCAUGAACGGCGGCCCGGGCAUGGACUACAGCGUGCGCAACAGCUCUGCCAACCCCUCCGCACACAACUCCAGCCUGCACAACACGGCAACCGCCACAACCGUCACAACCGCCGCCGCCACGCCAGCGGCGGCGGGCGGCAUAAUGCUGACGUCGGCGGUUGGCGGUGCGAGUAGCGCUGGCGGGUCCGCCGUGCCAAGCGCCGCUGCGUCAGCGGGGGUGGGCGACGCCGCGGGUAGCGGUGACACGGUGCCACCGCAAUAAGAAUGACGACAGGCCGGGAGCUCCAGAGAAUAAAGGGUUGUGCAACCACGCAGCAAUGCCGCGAGGCACGCGUGCCGCAGUGCAUUGCUAUAAAGGAGGGACGGGGUUGUGGGCGGCAGGAGUUACGGGAACCUGGCCUCGCAGCGCGAGGAUUGGACCGGCCAAUGCACUUGCACGGGGGUUGAUGGUGCACUGUCUGGACGCGUCGGCAGAGCGCACGUUGAAAUUUUGGGGCACGGUUUUGCUGCCUUGACGUGCUUGUGUUGACCGAAUUCUGCCACGCAAGCUGUUUGGAUGUGCGGGCGAGUGAGUAUGGCUGGUGCUUGCUGGUCUUGCAGCGGACCCAAAUGGCCGCUGCGAAUGUCACCACGAGUUUGCCUCCACGUGCCCAUCUCGUGCCCAUGUCGCACCUAACGUGAGGCUGCGAGCGAGGGCCAGCCGCCCUCCCAUCAAUUCUUCGGUUGUAGCUUCGGAUGUGGUCUGUCCACCAGACCUGAUGCGCGAUGUACCAAAUUACACGGAACUGCAUGAAAUGCAAGGCGAGCCCAGGCAAGGUAGUGGGUAUGCAUGGCUGCAACGGCGCACGGAUGUGCGAUUAUGAUUGGGCACGGUUUGGGCGUGUUUACAGCUGGUGGUGGCGUUUGUGUGAUUGAGAAAUUUGAGUAGCUCAAGAUGUGGGGCAGGGCCGUCAGCAUGGGGGGGGGGGCGCAGUCAUUAAUCAAUUAGUCGAACGGCGUAACUCGCAGCAGCGCUCGGAGCCACGGGCCACUGGAUGUAGCAACGGUAGCCGCGUAGCGCCGGGCACUGCGCGUGCACAUCCAGUACGGCGAUCCUCCAGCGCUGGUGAAUAACGAGGGGUCAAGGUAGCCAGAGGCAGCGGCGCGGCGCGCGCCUUACCAGACGUGUUUGCUGCUUAGGGUGGGUGUCACGUUGAUGGAUCCAGGUGGGGUGUUAGUAUGGGGGCUGGGGUAAGGGUUCAAUGUUUGCAAGCGCUUGCGCCAUAGCAGUGUGGUCUGGUAAGCAGACAGAGAUGGGGCCGGGGCCGUUAAUGUUGCGUGCGUGUGCUCGCUCCCUCACACGUGCCGCAAGCUUGAUCCGGGGUGCAGUUGGUGGUUCAGGACCCUCCUGGUGCGACACGUCCCCGGUGUGCAACUGUGUAUCAUGGUGUCAUCCCGUGUCACUACGUGACGGCGCGCCGUGUCGCAGUCCGUUGGGCAGUACAGCAAAUGCAAACCGGGCUAAUGCUUACUGUGCGCAACUGCACAUGUGGGUCCUUUAGGGGAUGCGGAUCAGAGCUGUUUUGCAGCUGGUGGUGGUGGUGGUGGUGGUGGGCGGUUGGGUGUGCGGGCGGGUAAUUUGGACGUUGCUCUGCGUGUGGUACGUCGCAUGCGCACAUGCUACUGUUUCUGCAUGUAGGUCUUUGUUGGCUCAGGGCAUUUGGCUCAGGGCAUUCGGCUCAGGGCAUUCGGCUCGGGGCAUUCGGACUCCCCAUCCGCUUUAGCCUGCACGGUUGCUCUUGCAUUCCGGUGGUUCUAAAAGCCAGCGUGUGUCCGCAUGUGAGCGCACGGAGUGCCAGCACACUCCCAGCUGCGGCAGCACACAGGGCUUGUCACGUGUGGUAAUUAUCUGCAUGGCAAAAGCAGCCGCUGUAGCAGUGCUCUUGUUGCUGCUGCUACCGCUGCUGCUGUUUGGUGCCUAUCAGGAAGCGGCUCCCGAAAAGCCCCGUGUGUAACCCCAAGUUGUU